UGACGCACUUUCUGGUGCGCCCGCAGUGGCGGACGGAAGGCGCCCUCUUCCUCCGCGGCGAUUAUGGCGGCUUCGGGUCCGGCGGGGAGGCCGCGGGGGCGGCCGGCGGCCUCGGUGGGGCAAGAGGAGCUGCGGCGGCUGAUGCGGGCGAAGCAGCGCGAGGCGGCGGCCGGGAAGAAGAAGAGGGUCGACUCUCCGUUCGCCAGAUAUAACAGUUUGGGAAACUUAAGCUGCUCUCUGUGCAACAUGCCUGUGAAGAGUGAACUGUUGUGGCAAACACACGUGCUUGGGAAGCCGCACAAAGAGAAAGUUGAGCAGUUAAGAAAUCUUAAACAAUCAAUACCAGGUCCUAUUCCUGACACCUCAUCUUCUCUAAAGAGGAAAACAACCAACACAGAAUCUCCAGAACUGAAGAAACCCAAAGAUUCAAGUGACCAUCCGCAAACACACUCUUCUGGGCUCCCAGUAGAUUUUUUUGGAAAAAAUGAAGAAGCAGAAGCGGAAAAGCACUCUGAAGAGGAGGAGGAAGAGGCAGAAGAGAUGGCCAAAGAAAUCCAGGACAACAGCAGCAAACCUCCUUUGUCUUCCACAGUGCAGCAUACAGAAACACCAGCCCACCCUCCAAAAGUAGACACCACUGCUUUACCAUCAGACUAUUCAGACAAUAAAACUUUAGCUGCACCUUUAGUCUCCCAUUCUGGCUCUAUUCAGAAAGCAGAAAUACAAGAAAAAGUUGUGGAAAGGAAAGAAAACACUGCGGAGGCCUUACCAGAGGGAUUUUUUGAUGAUCCUGAAGUGGAUGCAAAGGUGAGGAAGGUUGAUGCUCCAAAGGAUCAGAUGGACAAAGAAUGGGAUGAAUUCCAGAAGGCUAUGCGACAAGUCAAUACUAUUUCAGAAGCUAUAGUAGCUGAAGAAGAUGAGGAAGGGCGACUUGACCGUCAAAUUGGAGAAAUAGAUGAGCAGAUUGAAUGUUUCCGCCGUGUAGAACAACUGCGUGACCGCCAGGAAGUACUGAAGGAUAAACUGAAGGAAGCCAUGAGACUAAGAGCUGCCCAGGUGGAGGAUGGCGACACUGGCAGUGAUGACGAAGGGGAACUGCAUGACCUCCUCUCUCAGGACUGGAGGGCAAAAGGAACAUCAUUGUAGCUGCUAGGAGCCAAUCUCCUGAUGGGUGGUAUUUUGGUCUUCUAACACACUUAGGAUAAAAUAUUUAUUUAAAGAAUCCUGCAGGUAUUAAAAUGUGUAAAAAUAUGUUUAUAGGGUUAAGAAUAGAAAAGCCAUUGUAAAGAGUUGUAUAUUGUAAAAACUUUUUUUUAAAAUAAUAAUAAUGUGAUUGUAGCUUUCCUAUUAAGAUCUACAGAAAAUGUUUUAUUUGCUCUAUGAAUCCAGUGUAGCUUCUGUUGUGUCACCUGUGCUGUUUUAAUACCCAUUAAAAGUGUUAGGUCUAGGGAACCCCUAGGGAAGUGUGAGCCUAAGCAGUUGGAGCAUGCUGCAGGGCUAAGCAUGGCUUUGACUUUCGGAACCACAGCCAGGGCUACACAGGGCUUGGUGCCAGAUCCAUGGACUCUCACCUCCAUGCCUUCUCCCAAUAUGUCUUUGAAAUACUCCUUGGCAGGGGCCAGGGGCUUCUGUUUGAGAAAAUAAGUCUAAAGCCUGUACACAGUACAUCUUCUAUUGUAAGAUUCCAACUAUUUAGUUACUUGUAGAUGCUACUUAACCUGUAUGAUCCUAGAAAAACUUCCUUGCUACCUUGGACUUACUAUCUUUUUCUAGGAUAGUUUAGAAAAUACUUAAAGACAGCCCUGAAUGAUGGCUACUGAGUUGAACAGAACAAGAGAAAUUUUGCCCUGUGUGCUUUGCACAAUGUGUGUUGGUGAAUUUAUAGAGCGAGUACUUACAACCAUGAGUAGACAUUUCCCUUUAAUUAUCAAUUUCCCCCCAGUUCACACACCAGUAACUGGCAUUUUUAGGUCGUUUGGGCCAUGGAAACCUUUUCUCAGGAGCAAUGUAAUGCAGUCCGAUCUGAAAUAGCAAAAAUAUGAUGCUUUUUUUCUAAUCAAAGAUGCUGCCAUAAAUCAAGUAAAAUGUUGUUUGGAAUAGAUAUUCCAAUAAAAUACUUUCUCUGAAGAA